AUGAGAAGCGGACUAGCAAAAAAGGGCUCUCGGUUCGUGGCGGUUUACUGUGGACCGUACAUUAUUAUCUCCAUAUAUGUGUCUCCCAGGCUAAGUCUCCGAGAGUUCAAUAGUAUCCUCGACGAGCUUACGGUGGUACUAUCCCACCGAACGAAUAAAAUUAUUAUAGGCGGGGAUUUUAACGCCAAGGCUAGCCUUUGGAAUGCGGGUUCCACAGACGGUAGAGGCCUUCUUCUGACCAGAUGGGCCGCGGAAAGGGACUUGCGGAUCUUGAAUACAGGCAAUGCCCCAACUUGCGUACGUCCCCAAGGGAAAUCCAUAAUUGACCUCACCUGGACAUCCCCAGAUCUGCUUCGACUGGUUAGAAAGUGGCGAGUCAGGGAGGAUGUGGAAUCUUUGUCCGACCACCUGUAUAUUGAAUAUGAUAUCCAUACAGACAGACCGGAAAUGCCAUUAAACAAAUCUCUGCCACGCAAAUGGAGUAGUAAGAAAAUGGACAAUGAUCUUUUUCUGGCUGUAAUGAUCUGGAGAGGAGAAGGACCUAAACCGGAAGAUCGAAAUGAUGUGAGUAGGAUGACCGUUUGGUUGGACCAGACUAUGGAAGAGGCCUGUGACGUUGCGGCCUCAAGAGUUGGACCUGGUGGACCUCGGCGACAGACGUACUGGUGGCAGGAUUCUGUAGCCGAACUUCGUGGGAGCUGCAUUCGUGCCAGACGUCUUUGGCAAAGAGCAAAGAAGAGGAAGCGAGCGCAUGAACUAGUUGUAGAAUUAGGAUUAGGUUAUAAGACUAAGCGUAUCACCGAGCUUUUAGAACCACACAUACUGGAGAAACUGCUGGACUCGUUAUUCCCUAGGAACACUGGUGUCGAAACCAGGAGGGGUUGGUCGGAUUUCUGUUGGUCGGAUGAUUGGUCGGUUUCUCUGGGCGAAGCCCAUAGGGUUAUUAGGAAGAGACCAUCUUCGUCCACGAAGGCUCCGGGCCCGGAUGGAUUUCGUCUCGGAAUGGAGAAGGGCGUGGCGGAUGAAAUUCUGGAAUGGAUUAGGUUCACCUUUGAACUAUGCUUAAAGAAAGGCGAAUUUCCAACUCCGUGGAAAUGCGCCAAUCUUGUCCUGAUACCGAAAGGCGAUAGUCAGGAGAUGGAUACCUUGGCGCUUCCAAAAGUGAGACCUAUAUGUCUCAUAAAUGAGAUUGCCAAGGCCUUCGAACGAAUUCUGGUGGAGAGGAUUUCUUCUUGGCAGACGGAACACCCCGAGUCCGACCUCUCGGUGAACCAAUUUGGCUUUCGCAAGGGUCGAUCCACGUGCGAUGCACUCCUCCAUCUAAAAAUGAUCACCAAUAAUGUUGUAAGACUAGGUGGUUUUGCUAUCGUGGUAGCAAUAGAUAUAAAAAAUGCUUUUAAUAGUAUUCUCUAG